UCCGCGUGUGUGUGCCGUGCCCAGGGGGAGGUUUCUUGCACACGCACACACACACACACACACACACACACACACACCGCACACACGCGCGCACCCGCAGGACCGGCCCCGCUCCGGCCCCCCCGCUCCCGGCUCACACCAUGUUCCAGCCGUCCGCGAAGCGCUGCUUCACCAUCGAGUCCCUGGUGGGCAAGGACACCCCCCUGGGCCCCGAGGACCCCCCGCGCCCCGCCGCCCUCGCCUACCCCGGCCCCGCCGCCGCCGCCGACGCCGCCGCCUUCGCCCCCGGCUUCCAGGGAGCCGCCGGCCGGGCCCUGUACGGCAGCGCCGAGCUCGUCUUCCCCGAGGCCGUGGGGCACCCGGCGCUGCCCGUCGGGCCCCCCCAGCUGGGGGGCUCGGCCCUGCCGCCCCCGCACCCCUUCUUCGGGCCGCAGCACCGCGACCCGCUCAACUUUUACCCCUGGGUGCUGCGGAACCGCUUCUUCGGCCACCGCUUCCAAGGGAGCGAGGUGUCCCAGGAGAGCCUCCUGCUGCACGGCCCCUUCGCCCGCAAGCCCAAGCGCAUCCGCACGGCCUUCUCGCCAUCGCAGCUGCUGCGCCUGGAGAGGGCCUUCGAGAAGAACCACUACGUGGUGGGCGCCGAGCGCAAGCAGCUGGCCAGCAGCCUCAGCCUCUCCGAGACACAGGUGAAGGUGUGGUUCCAGAACCGGCGGACGAAAUACAAACGGCAGAAGCUGGAGGAGGAGGGCCCCGACUCGGAGCAGAAGAAGAAGGGCUCGCACCACAUCAACCGAUGGCGCCUGGCCACCAAGCAGUCGAGCGGGGAAGACAUCGAUGUCACCUCCAACGACUAAGGCGGGGCGCGGCUCCUGGAGCGGCCAGCACGGAGAGGAGCCCGGGGCAGGAGGGGGCACCCCGGGCGGCGGCACCCCCCGGCCCAUAGGGACCCGCCGCCUUCUGGGGGCGCGGGGCCGAGCCCGUCCCUCCCCCGCCGCCCGGGGGUCCCUCGGAGGGGCUUUCGGGGCGCUCCGGCCCCGCCGAGGAGGGAGAGGAGCUGCCAGGGCGGCCCCGGGACCGCGCGUCCCCCUCGGCGCUGGAGCCGAGCCGGUCCUGCCGGGGCUCCAUGCUCCCACCUUGUCCUUUGCCUUUUUAUUCUCCUUUCCCACCCUUCACACCCUCCUCAUCCGCCACUUUUCUCCGUUGGUUUCAUCGUUUGGGUUUUUUUUUAAUGAUGGUUUAUUUUAAUUUAUUCUUUCUCGCCGUGCCCGUGUGUGUGCGUUCCCUUCCCGAGGCAGCGGCUGUAGUGAGUGUCCUGCGUGGAAAUAAAGGAAAAUCCUGCUGGGA